AUGACAGUGUUCAAGAGGAACAUUCCUGCCCCAACCCAGAUGCCACCGGUCUUAGGGCGCAGCUCUUAUAUCGAUGAUAUCGCACAUGGCGCACCAACUUGGGAUGCAUUGUGCGCUGACUUGGAUGCUUUGCUAUAUAGGCUGCGGUAUUGGAAUAUUUCAGUAAGUCUGCCGAAGAGCGAGUUCGGAAAAUUGUCCAUCCCGUAUUUGUCACACGAAAUUAGUGCUGAAGGAAUCAGGGCAACACCGAAGAUCGCUAAAGGGAGUGCAAUCUUUCUUGGACAGCCUCAAGGCAGCCUGAAUUACUAUCAUAAAUUCAUCGAAGACUACCCUAUGAUCGCAGCCUCCCUGUAUGAGCUCUCGGAUGACCAAGUGCGUUCAGGGCGAGAUCCCUACAGGGCAAAGCAGGCGUUUGAAAUCCUGAAACACAAGAUCGUGUUGACCCCAGUAUUAAGACACACUGACAGGACCAAACCGUUUGUUAUUAUACCUCAUGCAAAUCAAUGGGCCGCCUGUGCGGUCCUAGGUCAAGAACAUGAUGGUUUGAUCCAGCCAGUGCGUUUUACGGGUCGUGUUCUCCACGAUGCGGAAUUGAGAUAUCACAUCGCAGAAAAGGAGGUCAUCGCCGUGCUGAGGGUACUACAGGUGUUCAGAACGCUCAUUCAGGGUUGUCCUCUCAUCGUGUACACUAGACACUCGGUUCUGAAGCAUGAAAUCCAAGACGGUACAUAG